AUGGCUAAUAAUCGUGAACUCACUUUGAAGGAAUUGGUUACACCUAAUGUUGUGUAUCAACCAUGGUGUGUCCAAUAUCCUGAUAAUCAAACAAAUUAUGAGCUUAAAUCUGGACUUAUCCAUUUAUUGCCCAAGUUUCAUGGACUUGCAGGUGAGGAUCCUCAUAAGCAUUUAAAUGAGUUCCAUGUAGGUUGUUCCACCAUGAGACCUCAAGGAGUUCCUGAAGAUCAUGUCAAAAUGAAGGCAUUUCCUUUCUCUUUGGAUGAUGUUGCAAAAGAUUGGCUCUACUUUCUACCAGCAACAAUCACUACAUGGAAUCAAAUGAAGAGGUUGUUCCUAGAGAAAUUCUUUCCUGCAUCCAAAACAACAACAAUUAGGAAAGAGAUUUGUGGUAUAAGGCAACUGAAUGGAGAGACUUUGUAUGAGUACUGGGAGAGAUUCAAUAAGUUGUGUGCUACAUGUCCUCAACAACAGAUUAGUGAGCAAUUAUUGAUUCAAUAUUUUUAUGAAGGACUAACCUUGAUGAAUAGGAACAUGAUAGAUGCAGCAAGUGGGGGAGCAUUGAUGGAUAAGACACCAAAUGCUGCAAGGCAACUCAUUUCGAACAUGGCAGCCAACACUCAACAAUUUGGAUUUAGAGGAACUGUCAAGGGAGUAAAUGAGAUGGCAAUUGGUGCUGGUUCUAGUUCUGUUUGUGGUGUGGAUAAUCAAAGGCUGGAAAACAAAAUUAAUGAGCUGACCACCAUGGUGAGACAUUUAGAAAUUGAACAAAAACAACAGGCGAGUGCAGCAAGUGAAGGUCCAGCAACAGUUUGUGGCAUUUGUUCUUCAGAGGAGCACUAUACACAUUCAUGUCCUACUCUACAAGAAACAAAUGCAAAUGUUUCUGGAAUUUACACCAACCAACAACAACAAUAUAGGCUUCCACAACAGCAACAAAAUUACAAUCCAUACUCCCAAACAUACAACCCAGGUUGGAAGGAUCAUCCAAAUAUGAAAUGGGGGCAACAACAACAACCUUCAUUCCAACCUUCUGGGAAAUAUCAGCCUCCAUUCAAGCAGCAACAACAAUAA